ACCAUGGACACAAACUUGACCGGGAGAGGAGUGAGGAGGACUGUGUUUGUGUGUGUGUGUGUAUGUGUGUGUGUACAGGCUCUGUGCGAGGAAGAAGGAGGGUAAGACAGGACUAGGAUAAGGGAGGGUGUGUGUGUGCAGGUGCAGCCUGUGUUUCCAACUUUUAAAGCAUGAAAAUGACUCGAAGUUUUGUUGCCUUCUAAACAAGUCCAAACUUGAAAAGAAGGGCGCAUUACACCUCCAUGAUACCAUUGACUUGUCCGGUGCUUACCGCCUGCAGCCGUGCGUGAUUGACUGCCAGCAAUCUGAUCCAGUGAAAGACAUUGACAACCAAUAGGAAGCUGAGUGCGGCUUGUUUCCAUGGGAGGCCCCGGGAGGCGAUGCCAAGCCCGCUAGAAAGCAACACAGCGAGCGGGGAGAAGCGCAGGCAGCAGCCGGGACUGUGGAGAUCCUGCAGGCUGCUUUCGUGCCCCUCUGAACGCGGAUGAAAGCGAGGUCGCUAUAGGUAACACUUUUUUUUACUCUAUAAGUUUAUACUGUGGUGUAAAAACGUGUCGCUGCGCCCUUCAAGCUUAACGCGCCGCUCGUUUACGCACGAAAUUUGCAGAUUGUCAACUUAACUUUGCAGCAUCGACGGAGGUGUUGUCGGUAACGUUGGUCUCACAAGACCAGCAGUGGGUUCCUGAACAGUGUCUACAUGAAUAAAACUCCUCUCAUUCCUGCUCUGAUUCAUACAUACUCGCUGUUUUUUGAAAGGUGACCGGACAGAAAGGAGACUCACUCUGGGGACUUUGCAGAUCGCACAGCGGCAGCAGGAUGGAUGGAUUUCACGACCAGAGAGUGCCUUACUGUAACUCCAAAGUGAGUUAAACCUGCCUUGAAAAACUUGGAGGCAAAUCAGACAUCAGAGGCAGAUCUCUCACAUCAUCUUUUAGUGUUGUAAAUGUCUGUUCUUCUCUCUAACACUCUCUUUCUUCUGAUCUCAUCUCUCUCCCUCCCUGCUGCUGCCAAGACUCAUUCCUCCUCAGGGACUGUUUAAGUUUCAUUUAAUCAUCAAAGAUAAACAGCUAAACAAGGUGCCUACUGCUAUACACAGUGAUAUUGGUUAUGCACCAUGUUACAACUUGUUAAUUAUAUCUGAAGCGCAGGUUCUUUUGCUUCUUUUGCAUCAAUGAGAGGCUCAUUCAGGCUCUUCCAGUUGCACUUGAGCUGCAGCCAACAGCAGAAUCCCUGCUCCAGUGAGAAAAAAAUUGAUUUGUGUGUCUCUCUCUCUCUCUUUUUUCUUUUUUCUUUUUUUUACCUCUUGCAGAAGCCUCAAGAAAAGACAACGAGCUGCCAGGGGCAAGCACAUGACAGAACGAGAAAAUUCAUUAAGUCCGACCUGGCUCUGGACACUGAAGGUAAGCAGAGGGCAGAGGGAGAAGUUAAUUUCACGGCUUCUAAACAUUUAGCAAAAUUCAAUUGGUUUGUAGCCACCUGCGCUGCUAACUAGAGAAUCUCAAUUACAACACAGCGGCCUGUGAUGAUUCUCACAAGGCUCCGUCAGUGGUCAGACACACAAAUUGACUUGUUAUUAGCUCCAGCAGCUCAGACGGGCAUAUCCCCCCGCUGUAAUGAACUCAGUUGUUUCUGAAGCCUCUCCCGGGCUAUGACUGUGUUUUUCAACUCCUCUAAAGCCUCGUUUCUCUGCUUUGUUCCCCCCUUUCAGAGCUCUUCCAGGACCUCAGUCAGCUGCAAGAGACUUGGCUCGCAGAAGGUGAGUGUUUUAAAUCUUGAGCAAAAGAGGAAAAAAAAAAAAAAAGGGAGGAGAGAUGGGUAAAAAAUGGUUGUGAGGGGGGAGAAAAAAGCAGCCUGGAGUUACUUGCCUUGCGUCGCAGUCCAAUUAAAAGCCUGUGUGGAAGAGGCACCUUGUGUGUCAUGCAUACAUUAGAGACUGUGAGCGAGGGGUCUUGAGGGAGACCGAGGAGGCUCUACCCAGAGAGUGUCAUCACAAAUUACCAGGAGAAGGCUCUCCGACGCUCACUGUCUCUUCUGCUUUUGGCAGGAGCUAACACGCUGCACGCCAGCCGCUGCCACCACCUCCACCUCCACCUCCACCAGAGCUCUGCUACUACCUCUCUCUCUCUUUCUCUCAACUGCUCCCUCUUUCUCUCCUCCCUCCCUCUCUCUCUCUCUCCCUUUGCUUCCUCCCAGCACACCUCUCUAUCUUCUCCAGCUGUACCAUCACCUUGUCUUCUUCAAUUUCAUUUCUUGGCGGCCCUAAAAAAAGAAUGGAUCUAUAAUUUUUUUUUCCUAAACCGCAUACCUCCAAACCACCUGAAUCCAUCUCUCAAAGCAACUUUUUUUCUUAAAAAGUAGUUGUCAUUUUUUUUCCUUUUUAAUAAUUUUUUUCUCUAAUGGCAAGACUUGCUCUUUGUGGUCUAACCGAGACGUGAUGCUUCAGGAUUUAAGCGCGAGUGUCCUCUUUCCAUCGUGUCUGCAGCACCGAAGUUUUGGUUAGUGUUGAAUAUUGUUCCUUUUUACUGUUUUAUUAAGUGCAUGUGCAUGUCCUAAACUAGACCUUUAAAUUAGUGUAAAUUACUGCAAAAGAACUUGCUUUGAAUAUUGCAUGCAACCUGAAAGAUAUUAAACUAGAGUUUGCUGUUUUUAAGAGUUUUUUGAGUGAAAAGUGGAACGUUUUUAGCGUGCUUGGAAGAACUUUAUGAUUUGCCUUGUCAGAGUAAAAACAGAAUUCUGUGAAGUAAGUCGGUGGGAGAGCACGAAUUCACCCAAAAGUUGAAUUUUGACUUUUUAUUGCAAGUUUUGGACAUUUAAAAGAAUGACGUCAGGCUAAAUCUGCAAGUGGACCAAUGCUAAGAGUGAAAAGCGAGGUUUUUGUGAUGCUCCACAAAAAUAGUAACGCCAGGCUUCUCCAACCGUGCUACGCUUACUGCACCAUUUUAGCAGUCAGAACAAUAAAUUUGGUCAUUUUUAUGUGAAAUCUUUUUUUCUCAACUUGUAAAAAAUUAUUUUUAGUCAGAGUGAGAAAUGUAAUGCUGUAGAAAAAUGUAUUUUUAGGAGCAAGAUGACUUUUGGGGUUAUUUUUAGUCCUUUAAUUAAAACGAGGAUGCAUAAGAAUUAUGAGGACUGACUGAUUUCUACUUUAAAUUCCCCAAAAUAUUCACACAAACACUAAGAAAUGUUUUGUUGCUGCUGAGUAAAUCAAUUAUAAUUUAUAACUUUAAGAUAUUUUUUAUUCUAUUAGAGCAUCAUGACAGCCUGCCCUCUAAAAAUAUCUUUUCAAACGUAUGUCAGUGCUCUGGUGUUACAGCCAUAAUUCAAGUAAUAAAGUAGCACUCUCAAGUGUUCGGUGAAAUUGAAUCAACUUUUUUAAAUCGAGGACAGAGUCCUUAAACAUCACCUGUAAAAGUGUCUGGAGAAAUUUGGGCUUGCACAGCUCACACAGGUGAAUAAGACCCUCAAUCAUUUAUGGACUCCAUCUAUUCUUUAACACGUUUCAAAAAAGCUCGCAGUGCAAAUCCACAGCUUUUAAAAAAUGAAAAGUAUGCUUUGAAACAGAUAUUGGGGUAGUUGAGCCGACUGUGAGCAGCGGUUAGAUUAUGAGGUGGCGCGGCGCGCACCGCAGGGCGUGUAAAAGAAUAAGACACGAUUUAAAUAUUUCAGUAUCCAAAGUGAGAAAAGAGACGGCGGCGGCUGAUAAGAGGUAUUACUGUUAAAGAUUACAGUUCUGCCUGUCAUGGAUCAAUGUGAUGAUGUACACUUCAAGAGCGUAGAUUUAAUGAAUGACUUCCUGUCCAUUAGGAUGAAAAGGAAUACCUCCCCAUUUCUAAGAUUUAUUAGUUCAGGUAAUUGGAACAAGAGGACGAAUUAUGAGAGACAGACUGAAUUUCCGACUCUGAGAACGAGACGUUGAGGGGGUUCGUCUGCUAAAAGACGUAUUUUGACACCCAGAAACUCUGCUCUGCUCUCCACCUUGACUCAUGAUGUACUUUUGCACCUUUUUUUUUUAGCUUAAAAAAAAAUAACUUUUUUUCUACGAGGCAUCUCACUUUUUCUUAUUUGUAAGGACAUAUGUAAUGAAAACAUAAUCUUACUUGAAGUAGCGCAGACAGACCCUUAAAUGAGUUUCAAACUCGCACACCGAUCCGUCAGCGUGUUUAUCACAGUCUCUCCUGCUCAGGCCUCGUGUUUACAGCCUUUACAACUUCUCCCUUUUCAUCCUCACUCCUUUUCCCCCUCUAUUCUUCUGCCACUCUCUGUUUUUUUUCCUUUGUUUUGUGAAUGGCGGCAGAUUUCCAGCUUUGCCGUUCUCCCCAGGAGUUUGUUGCAGGGAUCAGCUGGCUCAUUCACAGACUGAGGCCGGUGACUCAUCCAUCCUGUACUUCCUUUUGGACACAGAUCCACCGCUGCCUCCUUCUGCCUUUUUUUCUUUCUUUUUUUUUUGGUUUCUUUUUUCAUCUCUCCUCUCUUUGUCCCCCUUUCGAGUUGGUUUCUGCAGAAAUUGCUUGUGCUGUUAUAUGAUGAAACUUUCUCGUAGUUGUCUUUUCCUUUGUGUUUUGUAGAUUUCAAAGUUGUGGUUUUGACUAUGAAAGAGAAAAAUAUGAAAAGAGAGUGGAGAAGGCCUCUUUUUUUUCUCCUCACCUGCUUUCCAUGAAAAUGUUCUUGAAAUUUUCAGGAGAGCGUGCAGCAAAGUGGAGCAUCAGAGCAGGUUUUCAGUAGUAAUCUAAAAAAAUUAAAAAACAUAUAUGUGAAAAAGCUGCAUGCACUAAUUUCUGCUUCUUUGUUUGCUAUUCUCCUCACUUGCUUGACAUUGUUGGGAAAUAUGCAGCAUUUUCUCCUCUUCAUCCGCUGAUUGUUUACUCUCUUCAAUUCACACCUCCUGCAAGAAAGAAGAAGAAAAAAACCUCCCUGAUCAUAACAAGAGUGACAAAAAAUGGAAACCGGUGAUUUUUCUGAAGAUCUCCAGACAUGUCGGUACAUGUCAGUGAUUCUGUGAUAAUGAGGAUCCACCUCAUUGUGCGUAUAAAUAGACGUGCUAAUGACACAUUUAAAUCUCCUUUUGCCUUUCGCUAGAGAUUUAAACUUGAGGGACGUGGAGAGCUGUCACCGAGAGUAAAUAUGUGUGAUAUAAAUAUGUACACGCCUAAUUGGAGUCGGAGCGGCGCAGGCUUCAUUAUUUUAGCAUUAACCUGGGCGCAGGGGCGUUCGAGGCGCAGGUGAGGCGUUGGAAGGGUUGGAACAGACCUGGCUCGGUGGGUACAGGUGGAUCCAGCAGUAGGGAGGAAGCCAAUUAGAUACAGUUAACAAUGGGAGUUUGGCUGCUGGCAAAGAGCGAGAGCCGAGGCUGUGGAGGAGUCAAUGGACAAGGCGACCUCAGGAAGUGGAUCAGGAGGCAGAUUGACACCUAGAGUAGAGUAUUAUUUCCUCCACAGGCUGGUCUGCACAAAAUCUGUGAUAAAUCCAGAAAACAAAAUUGCUUUUAAGGGUUUUACUGCAGUGAUUUUGGCAGGAGAAGCACGACUUUGAGAUAAAAUAAGAGAGCAGUCGGGUUUUUUCAUCCUUUUAUUUUCACUUUAAUCAACUCCCUUAAUUUGUUUUUUAAUUUUUGACGAAAGCGUUGAAAAUGUAGUUUGAUUUUUUUAAAGACAACAAUGAAAAACUUCUUAAAGCGCUCAGAAAAGAAAAACAAAAUUUUAAUUACAAUCACGUAAAAUCGUCUACUGCUGAAAACAAAUAUCGAAUCCUCCUCACUCGCCUCUAUCGUAUUAAUUUGAUGGUUUAAAAGAAUUUUUUGAAAGAGACGUCCCUGUUAGGAAAAAAAGAGACAGUUUUGGUUGAUUUGUAAUUUUUCACAAGUUUUAAAUUUAACAAAAAGCCUCAAAAAUGACCUGAAAACUUCCAUCAUGACCCCACAUAUAAAACACAUUAAUGCACGUCUCUAAAGGCGGUGGAAACAGACUCCUCUCCGCUCUGAUUUUCCUGUAAAACACAUUUUUUCACGGCUGUGUUCUUUAACAGACAGCAGGAGCAAACAAUGCCGGGAUACGCCGAGCUGAUAUCCCAGGAGACCGUUUGCCAGAGGAGUCUAUCGGACUGCUGGGAGCUGUGAUCAAUGCUGCGUUGUCCAUCAACAUCAGAAACAAUCAUCCCCUUUCUUCUUCUUCUUCCUCUCUUCUUUUUGUGUCUGCAGCUCAAGUUCCCGACAAUGACGAGCAGUUCGUUCCAGACUUCCAGACUGAAAACUGUGAGUACAAAACCGUGCUGCUCUUUUUUACUUUGCGUGUGUGUGUGUGUGUGUACAUGCUGUUAAUGCUCCUGUUUGGGUCUGUGUCAACAUCUGCGGUGUGUGUACGCGUGUGUGUGUGUGUGUUUUUUCCGAGUCUCUAAGUAGCCUCACCUUUGCUCGCACAAGUGCUCUCUGGAGAGCUGCAGCAGUCUUGCGGGUCUGCAGACAGGUGCAUGGGCCGAGGGGGUCUCUCUCUCUCUUUCUCUCUCUCUUUGCUCACUCUCUCUCUCUCUCUCUCUUUCUUUCUCUCUACCUGUCUCUACCACUCUUUCUCUCUCUCUCACUUCCCUCUGUUCCCCCUGCACCUCUCACCACCACUGAGAUAUUAUUGCACCGUGAAUUAUUUGCAUAAACAUCAAAAUAUUGUGGCAGUUUUUUCAGGGUGUUAAAGUGAUAUUUUUAUAUCCCGGCAGGCCAAACUGCUGUCAAAUGAUGUCUGUCUUGAAUUUUUUAAAAUAAAAUCUUUAAAAAAUGCUCCCGGAUGACCUCUCCUUGAGGCUCUUUUUCUGCAAAACCCCUCCAGUGUGGUUAGAUUUUCUAAAUCCGGCAGGGUAAAAUUAGUCAACACCGUGUUUAUCUUUUUUCUCUUGGCCUUCUGGUUCACUCCCCAAUCUUCAAUUUUCCCAGCAUAAAAGGAUGAUUCCUCUAUUUUCUCCUGUAAGAGAAUAUAACCAGCGUCUAAGAAUACUCUGAAAAGUUAACAAAAUCAAACCUGCUUCCCCUGAGCCGAGCAGAUUUGACUCUCGCGGUUAUUAGGACGAUGCAGCUAACCGUAUUUCACCUGGUUUGUGCACGCUGGUUGCACACGGUGACUGGUGACUUGGCACGGCCCACUUCUGGAGGAAGUAGUGCCAAGGUGGGGACAGAAAUGGAGUGAGUGGAGCUCAGUGGGAACCUGAGCGAGCACAUGUCUUUCAGAGGAGCCAAAACGCCCAUGAAACUGUGAGAAAAGCCACGAAACAAGUCUUUCCCUACGUCCUCAACGCCCUUUAACCCGGAGGCAAAGUUGGACCGAACGCAGAAGUGAGGGAAAAGAAAGAGUCAUGAUCGUAUUUGCAUUUGCAGAUCUUUUCACCUGAGACACUUGGGUAUUUACCUGUUGGACUUAAAAAAACAUCCUUUCUCACUUUAAAUAGCAAACAUGAAGACUGAAGUCCGACAAGAACAGCGUUUUUUUUUUUUGUGCGCCUCUUUAGGUAGAUUUUCAAAGAUAAAGUUUCUUAUUUUUCAUAAUUUUUGCUGCUUGGACCCAUUUCUUGCAGCUCCCGCUCCACAGACUGACGUAAAAUCUGGUAAAUAAGAGCUGUAAGAGUGCUUGAAUAUUGUACCUCCAUUUGUUUGACUUUGACUCCAUCCACUUCAGUGAAACUAAACAGCCUGACCCCUAAGUGUGAGUUAAUUCACUCUAAACUCCAAGAUGCUGGAGGGUUGGGGUGUACAGUAGAGAACCAGAGGUCACAGAGACUGUCCCGUUGUCCUUCAGAGGUAGCCGGGGUGGGUGGCCGCGGUGGCAGGAGACUGCUGACCAUCUGAAUUGUCCUGUUGGCAAACCUGCAGCAGACUGGAGAGGCGCUGACAGAUGGCGGGAGGGUGAGGGCACCGUGGUUGGGCGCUCGAGCAGGCAUCCCAGCCGGCAGCUCUCCCAUAUGGGUUUCACCGAGCCGAGAGGUGGAGGGGCGGACAGAGGGACGGAGAUAGAGAUGUGGAGAUUUAAGAGGGGAAUAUAUCCAGUGAAAGUUGUUGCAUUUCAUACAAACAGGACGAGCAAGGGAGGAUUUUUUAUUCAUGGAGAUCAUAGUGAAGAGACAAACAGACACUGAUUUCAAAUAACCGCAACAAAGAGAGACGAAAUUUAGUUUUUCUGAGCAUCAUAGUUUCCUCUCAAUGCAUCAUGAUCUCAGCUUAAAAACUACAGUUUCACAGAUUAAAAUAACAGAAACCCUUUUCUAAAUCAUCUAGUUGCCAAUUUUUUUAGUCAGUUUAUGUCAUAAAAUCCCACUUCGUCUGAUUUUCUUACUCUCAAUAUGCAAAUUAACUUGUUAUUUUAAGUUCUGCACGCAUCUACUGUUUAAAGCAAGAGCAAAAUCUGUUGUCUACCAAAGUAGCUGCGAGCUUGUUGCAAAAAACAGGAAGUUUAGUGACAAUAAAUGUAAAUUUUUGGUUGAUUUAAUUAAAGAUGUGUAUUUUUAAGAAACUAAAUCCAUAAAAAAAGAAAAAAUAUGAACUGAUCUGUGUGCCCAAAUACCCAUAAUACCAACAAAUGAGCUCUUCAUCCCUUAAUUUUAAUAUUUCCUCCGCUGUAGUUUUAAUAUUCAACUACAGUUUAUUUUUGCACCAUUAAAGUGACGCCCGCCUCACUAAAGCAACACAAUUCGAACAUUUCUAAACACUUUGGUCGAAUAUUCAGUGAAAAUAAAAGGUGAAAACAGAAAAAAAAGAAUCAAACCAGAGGGUUGAAAAGUAGAAAAAGUAGAAAGCGAGUUCAUUUAUGUGCUCGUGCCCUCAGAUUUAUCACCUCUCUGGAAGCUCUGACAGUCUCCCUCAAUGUCGACUUCGCACUCUCCAUCCAUGCAGCACAGAAGCAGCAUGUGAGCGGCCUCGGAGCGAAAGUGUCCUCAGGCUGAAGGAGGAGAAGGAGAAUUUUUCUUUGUCUCAAACUCCAUCACAGAUGCUUACCAUUAGCAUAACUUAGCAGGGAACGAAAGCAGUAGAGGAGGUGUAAAAUGAGGCCACACGUUACCGGCAGAUCUCAGCCUCCACCAUUUAACAGCAAAGGCGAGCACCUACAGUAGGUGAAAAUGGAAUGGAAGGUUUUUCGCUGCUGCCAAAAGACCUGUAUUUUUUUAUGAAUGGACUGGAGAAAUAUCUGCCAAACGUAGGCUCGCGGUUCUGCCAAAACACACGAUUUGUACCUGAGAAAACACAACGUUCGGGGCCAAGAGUUCUUUGAUAGUGUACUAAAGGGAUUGGCAGAAAAAAGGCGGUAAAAAAAUUAAAUAAUUUGACAACAUUAGGAGGAAAACCUGAAGUGAUUAUACAAAUCUUUCCCUACAUGAAAAUUUUCGCUCAGCUGUUUAACCAUAAUGUGUUUAAAGCAAGUAGACCUAAAUUGGGAAAAGGUAAAUUAAUUUGUUGAACAAAAGAAACAUUUGUGAUACCAAGAGCUAAUAUUGGUAUCACAAUUUUGAUAGAAAAAAACUCUACAUCCAUUCUUUGAUGCUUGACUUGGCCAACACAGAACAUUAUUAAUUUUAUUUUAUUUCAUUUUUUACAAAUUUUUGAUUUAAAACUUUUGGGUCCAAGAUUUCCCCAGAUACCUUAACCAGAAGAAUUGGUAUGUCAAAAAAUGUCAAAUAAAUAUUCAGUUAAUGGAGUUUUGUGGAUUUGUGGUAGGUAAAGUAACUCUGUAAGUCUCCUUUCAUGUAUUUAAUAUCUUAAACAGAUUUAGACCAAGAGUUCCUUGAUAAUGUAGUGGAAUAAAACUGGUAAAAAUUACAAUUACAACUAAAUUCUGUGGGAAUAUGUGAAACUAAAUAAGUAUGCACAUUUCUUUAUUUGUGAGACUGGCCUGACGCGAACAGUGAAUUUGAGGUUUUACUUUUUUUCAUACUGUUGCUUCUAAACUUUUUGGGCUUUAACUCUUCAAUAACAUACUGGAAAACUGGUUAAAAAACACAGUGAUUAAAUGUGAUUUCACAGGAAAACAAAAGUAAGUUUAUAUUUACUGUUAAUACGUAUUAUUCUCUUGAAACAAACACAAAAUUAGAUUUUUAACAUUUUGUUCCUGGGUCCAAGAUUUCCUUGAUAAUGUACUUUAAGGCCUGCAAGAAAAUAAGCAAACAAAAAACAUAUACCUUUUCUUUCGUGAAUGACUCGGCUUAUUUCUGAGAAUGUAUUAUUUUUUUAAUAUUCUUUUGCCUAAAAAACCAGGAUGUUGAAAAUAACACACUAAAGACUAAAGACUAUAUUUUAUAUAAUUUUGUGGGAAUAUAUGAAAGGAUUUGGCGAAUCUUUUAACAUGUGCAUGACUGGACAAGGAAGUAGAUUUUUUUUACAUAGAGUGGUGCUCAGAGCGCCUUUGAACUCCAUAGAUAUUGUCCAAAAUAACUAAGACAAAGGGUAAGAAAAUGUAAAGUUAGCUGAUUUAAAAACGGGGUCGUCUUCGAUAUAAAUCUGUCCUCACAUGGAUAAUGUAACUCUAACAAACAAACCGUCACUUUUAUUCCAUUCAAAACAAAGAUUUUUAUCAAAAACCGCCUCGAAAAUGAAGGAAUAUUUGACUUAAGGGCACAGGGAGAAAAAAAACAACAACAAGACAACAUUUGCAUUCAAAAUAGAGCCAGUAAUUGUUCUUCUUUUAAACACCCCACCAUCUCGCUUAAUCAAUAUGUAGAUAAUGAGAGCAAUCAAGCCGUGAUGGGCAUGACAUUCUGGACUAAAAAGGAAGUCUCUCUUUCAGUCAGAGGCAAUGCCCUCACUAUUGAUUUGUGUACCUUGGCACCCCACAGACCAAAUCUAUUGUGACAUUUCCAUUUCUAAUUUAAGGCCCCGCGCUGCUGCUGCACACGUGAAGCCAUUGUUUGCAGGUGAUGUGACGCCUGUAGCUAAACACCGCGUUUUUUUAUCGCCAUUACUCGUGCGUUUAGUGUGGAAGUUUAAUAACCCAGAAUAUUAUAUUGAUUCAGUGUAAAAGGAAGAGAAGAAGCACGAGGAGAGCAGCGAACCAGAGCUGGCUGAGAGGUGAAGUCUAACUCAACAACAUGUAUGUUUGUUGUUGUAGGUAAUUAAAGUAACCCUGAUUGUGAUCUCGACGAGCAAAACCGAGGAGUUGUUUUGACUCCAUGAGCUCUAAAUGAGGGGAGACCUUUGCUGGCGUCGUCAAAGGUCUCCCCUCAGGAAGUGUCUCUUUGACCUCCGAUCGAUGACCCGGAAAGGUCAGGCCCCCAGCGAGGGCUGCGAACAACCCCUGAGCUUUGUCACGCCGGGCCCGUGUGGCCCGUCCCCCAGGGGCUCUGCUGUGCGUCAGAUGGGGUGUUGGCAGAUCGACCCCUGCUCGUACGGCAGCUGUCAGUCAGCCGUGAGAAAAGUCCCCAAAACAUCCUCCUCCCUCAGCUUCUCCUGACCGGAGGAAAAACAGCCGCGAACAUCAGAUCUGAUGUUUUUGGAUUAUCAGAUGUCAAAAUGUUUUCACCUCAGGAGUAAAAGGAUUUCCUUUCUCAUUCAUGAUUUCCUUAUUUCUAUCCUGAGAUGUUUGACUAUGAGUUCACCUAACCAAGACAGAUUCAUGUGCCAUCGCUGGAGGAUAACUCCUCCUUCCUAUUUUAAUACCAGAGUGAUUAAAAAUGAACUUUUUGAUCGAUAUAUCCAAUUUUUUCAGACAUAAAAGUUUAUGUCUUUUGUUUUUAUUUAGAUAUGUACCUGAUAUCUGACUUGUUUGCCUUUUAAAAGCAGUAGUUGGUUGAGGGAACCUUCAUUUGUUGGACCAAGCAGAUUUUUGAGGGGGUAGAGAAACUACAAUAUCUGAGAUGUGAACUUUUAAGGGUAUUUGCAGAUUCCUCUGUGUUCGUUAACGUCGUUUUUCAGCCUCAAACUCCAGUCAGACAUCAUCCCCGUCAUCCACGUCUAGCCCUCUCUCAUUUUUGACUAAAGGAUGUGGGACGGCCUCACCGCUGCUAUGUGUGCCGUCGCGGUGAGACGGCGAUUAGCGAAGCAACCCGAGCCUGACUUCAUUCUGACCGACUCUGUCUUCGUCAGCAGCGCAGCCAAUUGGAUUAGCGUUGAUCAUGACUGGAGAUGAUGGGAUGUUAAUCAGGACUGAUCAGGCACUUAACAGCCUCUCAGAUGCACCGGGGCUCACUGUGGGGCCAUAGGUAGAGAGCGCAGUAACCCACCCCCACCUACCCCACCCUCUCUCUUCAGAUCAAUGAGCCUUGUUGUUGUCGUCUGGGACGUUAUUGACAGCACGCUGAAAGCAGAUUUGUAAGAGCAUCGCCGCACACACACGGCUUUAUGAUUGUCAUAUUUCACUUACAGAGACCCUGUCAGGAAAACAGACGAUUAAAUGAGAUUUAGAGCGAGCUUGUAUUUGUGGAAGUGACGGCCUGAGAUGUCAAAUCUGUUGGCUGAUGGAUGCACAGGCUCUUGACUUAAAACAUCAGGAAUCGUCUUAAUCAAAAACACGCUGGUGACAUUCAUACUUAGACAUAUCAAGGUGUUACAGCUCUGAAAGUGCAGAUGAACGCUUCUUAAAUCUCUUUCUUAAAACCUAAAAAAAAGUUUCUGCAAAAGUGCAAUUACUUCAGUGUUUUCCAUGCAUGAUCUGCAGGAGACGCUGCAUGUGGAGAAAGGCUAAUCUGCCACAGACAGGUGCUAAUUCUAAAGGAAAGAGUAUUUUUAGCCAAAGUGUUCCAAAUGCUGAUUUGAAGUCUUAAUUUAAGCCGUAAGGAGUCACGUCCUCUUUGUGCUUGUCUUGUUUCUUUUCUCCGCUCAGUGGCUUUCCACGGACUGCAGCUGAAGAUCAAGAGGGAGCUGCACAGCCCGUGUUCAGAGCUGAGCUCCAACUGCAGUCAGGAGCGGCCCUUCAAGCUCCAGUAUGGAGAGAAGUGUCCAUACAACGUCAGGUAGGAGCUGCAAGACGCCAGCUCAAUCCUGCGAUCAUGACACGACACUAUUUAUAAACCCCCAACAUGUUUAAUCUGCUUCACAGUGCAGUCACUUUUCUUUUCCCAUACUCUUCGGCAGAUAAUCCUUUUUCAUCCACAGAUGUCUAAUAGCAAGUUUUGCUUUUUUUUUAACUCGUUGAAAAUCUAUUUUUCAAAUUUUCCGCUCCAUCUUUCUAAAAUAUCUUCCAUCGAUCUGAAAACGACUUUGCAAACUCUGACUAAGCAUUUCCAAUCACGACCAAUCGCAGUGUGGUGAUGAAUCCGGCGCCCCGCUCUGUGUUUUUUCAUCCGACUCACAUGUUCGUGUGAUGACCUUGCGUGCAUACAGCCAUCUUGAAGUGGUGAAUCAUGUGCGUGAUUCACUUCCUUACCUGGUGGCUCGGGCUCGUAUAGGGGAUGAAAAAAGUCCGGCAUUUGGCAGGGAUUAGAUUUCACAUCCGAGUAGCCACUGUGUACGCUGAGAGGAGGCGUGACGGGCGUAAAAAUAACCAUUUAAGGAAGUCAGCGUGUUUCUGAACUGAGAAAGUGAGACAUUGGAGCCCUUAAGAAACUAAUUAAUUGCGUUUUAGUUUGUAGAAAUACAUUUUUAAGUGAUGCCUGUCCAGCAGUUUUCAAAAUAAAAGACUUCUUUCUCUGAUUUUGUGCUCUAUAGUAUCAACCAGUUUGGUAGGAUCAAGAUCUCUAACAAGAUAAGGUUCAUUUUCCUCUAUUAGUCUCAUCAAUAAUCAGAUUUUCACCUAUAGGAUCAUAUAUGAGCUUGAACACAAAGUGUGCGAUGAAUCUUUAAUGCUAGAAACGCUCUCUAAGAAGAAUCAUACUGAACCGUUUUCUGGUUUCCACAGUGCCUACGAGCAGAAGCACCCCGCAGGAAUGAAGCCCUCCAGCCCAGUGACGCCCCCCUGUAGCACCCCCGUGUCCCCCCUCCAUCAUGCCUCACCCACGGCGGCCCCGACUCCCAAACCAGACAGGACCUACGCCCACAUACCGCCUUCGCAGCCGCUCCCUGACAACACGUACUCUAUGGACCACAGGUAGAGCAGCCCGCAGCCUUUUACAUUUACAUCCAAUUUACAUGUGGGGCCUUCAGCGAGAGCGGAUUAGAAUAAGGUCAGGGCUGCAGAUGUAGAUUCUGGGUUUAGUUACAGAGGAGCGACGUAACUCAGAGUACAGUUAUCAGAGCAAUGAUGGCUGUCGAAGUAAAUCAAAGUUUAAGUUGUGAGUUUUUUAAUAAAACUAACCCUUUGAGGUAAACUAAUAUGACCCAACAGGUAAAACACCAAUCAGAUGUUAUUGUCUGAAGCAUAAAGAGUUUUUUAAGUUUCUUACAGGCUCCAACAUCAUUUUGGUUCUCUUUCUCUCUCUCCCUGCAUUAUCUGUCUGUCUUUUGAGCAACCCUAUCAAAAUAAAAGCAUAUACCCCAAGAAAUUUUAGAUGUAUUUAAUACCUUUUGUGAUGUUUGUUUGACAGUUUCAAAAUAAAAUACCCUUUUUUCUUAUUUAGUGCCCUGAACUAUUGAACAGCUAAAGAGAGGAUAUCAAGUCCUAAAACUGUUUUUGAUGCAGAAAAAUCACGCUGAAAUGUCAACAUAACAACAUAACCUGGACAUGGACCUCUGUUCUACUUGAUCUGCUCAUAGGAUUGAUUGGUUUUCCACACUGCUGCCCUUUCAAAAUAAAAGCAUCAACUUCAAGAAAUUUUAGUUGCUAUUAACUUUGUAGGAUUCCAUUUUUACGCAUCAUUUGUUUGGCAGUUUCAAAAUAAAAGACCUCUUUCUCUCAUGUAGUGCCCUGAAUUAUUGGAUAACUGGAGAGGAUCAAGUUUCGUAUAACAAAAUAAGAGUCCUACAGCUUUAAAAUACCCACAUAAUGAUGUUUUAUUACCCUGGAUCCAGAGUAACAGUUUUUAAUGCAAAAUAAUAUGUUCACUCUGCUGUCCUUUCAAAAUAAAAGCAUACAUCUUGAGUAAUCUUCAAUAAAAAUGAAGGUUUUCCUUUAAAAUUUACAUGAUGAACUCAAGCUCCUAUUUGACAAGAUCAAUUCUUUAUUUUUUUGCCCUUCUGAGCAGCACUCUUGUUGUGUCGGUAUCUUUAAAGUAAGCUGUUAAAGUGAAUUGUUUUGUGUUCUCAAACAUGUUUUAUUUUGUUAUUUUCAAUUUUUUCAAGUUGGUCAAAAUGAAUCAAAACACGCCUCUCUCUCUUUUUCUUAUUUACUCUGUCCAAAUGAUUUAUUCAUUUGAGUCUGAAAGUUAAUUCUUCACAGUGAUUGCAAGAAACCAAACUUGCCAGAACUAAGUAAUCAACAGAUGAAAAAAAUAUAUAUUCCACAACUUUUUUGUUUGCAAAAUAUAACAUUUUUAUGUUUGAGCAACAUAAAAUCAUGAGAGUUUUCUGCUUUUUCUUCAUUAUCUUGGAAGUUUCAUUAAAUUUUUGGGGGUUCAGGACCAAAAACAGAGUUUAGUUCUUCUUUUACACCACAUAAGAAGAUCUGAUGUUAUAACACUAUACAGUAUGAGAACCUUUGAUUUAGUUUGUCUGUGAUCUGCUGUUUUUGUCUUCAUUUAUGUAAAUAUAAAAGCCUCCUGGUGUCCAGCUGUUAAAGAUCCUCGCUGACUUUCUGUGGUGGUCCUCAGGUUUCGUCGUCAGCUCUCAGAGCCGUGUCACUCGUUUCCCUCCCCGCCUACGAUGGCUCGGGACGGCCGGCCCAUCUACCACCGGCAGAUGUCUGAGCCCAACAUCCCCUUCCCGCCUCAAAGCUUCAAGCAGGAGUACCCCGACCCCCUGUUCGAGCACCCGGCCAUGAUGGGGGCACCUCUACCCCACGCGUACGCCCCCAGCAUGAUGAUCAAACAAGAGCCGAGGGAUUUCACCUACGACUCAGGUGAGAGGAAUGAAUGAACGCAUGCUGCUGUGUAGCUUCAACAUGUCUGGUAUAAGCGAAAGAGCACGGUAUCAUUUCAGGAAUGGGAGAAGACAUGAGAGGAGGGGGGAGGCGUUUAUUGAGUUUGCCCAUUAUUAGAGCAGGGGAUCUGGUUGGGCCGGGUGUCUGCGCCCGGUCGCCAUUUCCUGUGGAGCUCUAAUAGAAAAGAGUGGGUGGGAGGGGGAGGGAGGGGUAGGCCUGGUCGCAGUCCAAAAAUCCGCCCUCCCACGCCUGUCCGCUCCCCUCAGUUAGAGCGCAAAAAGAGCUAAUCAUCAGCCCACGGCCUCAGCGGAGCCCGAGGCUACAUCAGGACAUGAAUGAACAUACGCCGGACCAGCGGUUCAUUCACAAGGCGGACAGAGAGAGGACCCAGGAGAGAGUGUGUGAGCAGUCAGGGGGAAAAGCAGCCUCCUCUCAGGGCCAUGAGUGGAAGAAAAACACCGGAGCUUCCUUCACUUUAGAUUUUCUUUGUUUUUAAACAAGCAGCCAGGUUAGGAGCUGCACUCUCUUUCUCAGGGAGGAAGCUGUGAAUCUGAGUGUGUCUGUCACUUUUUAGUGGUGGGAUCAGAUUGUCACAGGCGUGUUUUAGCUUUCGCAGUCACGUGGUCUCUGCUCACUAAUUAACAACAGCAAGUUAGUUCUGCAAAAAGGGCAAGAUUACAACAAAAACCUUUUUUCAAGUUCUCGCUCAUUAGCGGGAAGAAUUUAAAGAUUUUACACCUGCUGCUGCUGUUUAGGGGAACUUUUUUUCAGUCAAUGUUUUCAAUCAGUGUUGAAUGUUUUCUCUUUUUUAAAGGUACUUUUUGAUCUGAUUUUAAUGUUUGAUUUUCUUAGCUUUUAAAAGCCUGAUUACAGGUUUAUCUAUCACCUUUUUUUAACAUGUUUUUAGCUCAGAUUUAAAAUGUAUCAUAAAAAUAUCAAAUCAUAAAAUUUUUCAAAGUCUAAAAGUGAAGUCUGAUCUUUUUAUAGGUAUUUCUAUUUUAAUUUUUUAAAAUUUAUUGUUGAUAUUUAAAUUAUUAUUUAUUAUUAUCAUUUUAAUAUUUGAUUUUUCAUUUUUUUUCAAUGUUAAUUUAAUUGAUUUUUCCGGUAUUUUAAUUUUUUAAAAAUAUUUAAAAAAAAAAUGUUUUUUCAAAAAAAUGAAAAAAAUUGUAUUCAUUUUUUUCCCAAAUACUUUCAUCAAGCUAGUCCGAAAACAAAAAACAAAAUAAUUAACAAUAUAUAUAACAGGAAAUUAUCACUGUUGGGAAGUUUAGAGGAUUAAAUUUAUCAACAUUUCUUGUUUAACAAAUUCCUUGGAGGAACAAUGUGUAGCAGCUUAGGUUCUUUAAGACGUGGAUCAAGUGGAAUAUUAUCUUAAUGCGUGUUUAGAUUAUUGUAAAAUCAUUCAACAUAAACAUCUUUUAUGUUUUGUUCACUUAAAAUGCACCUUUUUUUACUUGCAUAAGGAGGAUCCCCUUUUACAGAGGCUACUGUCUUGCACUGAUUUGUUUCUAAGGUAACCCAGAAUAGACAAACUUCUAACAGCCAUGUGCGUUUUUGUGUGUUUUGCGACGUGCAGCAUGAAUGUUGUGGUCAGUUUGGACCGAACUCAUCAUUCCUCACAGAACUCUUUUUGUCCUCAAAAGCCACUGUCGUGUCGUAGAAAGAGAGGGGUGAGCAAGGGAGCAAUCUAGAAUCUCAUGGCUAUAUUUUGUCCCCAUUUCUACCUUAAUAAGACUCACAACUGACGGAUCUAACUUCACAAUUUCCACACUUGCUUGGAUGUUCCCUGCACUUUUUUCAUAGAGCAGCUGUAAAAUAAAACCGAAUUCGUAGCGUAUUGUAAAUGAAGAAAACUAUUAAUACUGUCUGCUUAGGUCAGAGUGCACUAAACAGGUUAUAAAUAAAGGCGGAAAGAUAGGAGGUAUAUCUGCUUUAUAGUCUUUCCACUGUGAGACAGUACAGUGCAGUACAGUACAUGAUGAUGGAGCAUCAGGGCGGAUUUAUUGGCGGUGCAGCAGGUUGACUGGAGCAGGCCUGUUGGGGAGGAUGGGAGGGGAGCUGGUAAUUUCAUUAGCAGCAAUUUCCUCCACAAGCCCAUUACUUUGAUGAAGUUCAGAGAAAUGUUUAUGGGCCUAAAUGAAGGGCCUCAGUCUGUUUAUCGAACAUUCACUUUGUAACCUGUUUGGAAGGUUUUUUUUUUCCAUGUCUGUGCAGUGGGAGGGUCUGACAUACGCAGAACAUGCGAGUCAAUGUGGACAGUAAACAAUGUUGUAAAUAUCAGCUCAUGUCCAGGGGUUUAUGAGUGUAAUGAGACAUGGAUGGUUCAAACAAAUCAUUUAAAUAUUAGAAUUUAUGAAGAUAUUGUGUUUUUAAAAUGACAUAAAAACUGUGACUUAGUGGCAAAGAUCAAUAAAUUCUGGAUGUUAAUAAUUAUAAUAUUUUUGCCUUUUUGAAACAGAGUUACAAAGUGCUUUCUAACUUAAAAAUAGAGAGUGAGUACAAACAGAAGUUACAGCAGGACACCAAUAAAAGUCCCAAAACGAUCAACUAACGACAGUAGAUUAAAGUGAAAUGAAAAAGAUUAAAGUCAGGCCCAAGAAAAACUAUUUACACCUGUCAAAACUUAAUUUAAACUCAACUAAACUCAGACUCUGUAACAUGUCAAUCAAGUUUAUAAAACCCACUUAAAACUCGGCUCACCACUGAUUAAAAUGUGGUCUUUUUAAAGAGGAUAAAGAACCUUCUGUGGGCAGAAGUUUCAGACAGUUCAGUCCCACUUGUCCCCCAUUAUUGAGUAGUUGACCAGGUUUGCAGACUCCUGCCUGAGGACCUCAGGGUACAACCAAGUUUGUCAGAUGAGAGUCAAUCUUAACAGUUAUAUUUCAAAUGCACAAGUGAGGUUUAAAAGCUCAGCUCCAGUUGCAAAGUAUCUCCAAACAAGUAAGCCAAGUUCUCAAUCAUCUGUGGGCCAAAGUUGGUGAAGCAUCCACACAUAUUACUGACUUAAGAAUCACAAAAACAGACAACAGAACAACUUUCUUUUAUAAACAAAAGCCCUUACAAAAAAUGGGUAUAGUGGCAUCACUCAUGAAUUUACACAGAGGUGUUUUGAAUCCAUCAAGAUUCAACCGUCUGUGUGAUCAAAUCAGAAAAAAGCUAAUCAGCUCCAUACUGAGAUGGUCUUUUGAACCCGACUGUAUUUGUUUUAUUUUACCGUAAAAACUGGCAUUUUAACAUGAAGUCUGGUAGGGAUUCAUUGAUUUAUUGGACUUUAAUUUUGGCUUUAAUUUUUAAGAUAUUGUAGUUGUCUUAAGCGAUGCAAUCCUUUAACCUACAAGGUGGAGACUCAGUUUUUGUUUGGGACCCUGAAGGGAUGAAGUUUGGUCACUUAGAACCUUUAUUACCUCUUUAUGGGUCUCUUAAUUGAUGAUUUAGUCUACAGAAGUAGCACCAAAAGUUGAACAUGUGCAGCCCAACCUUUUCCAUUGCGGUUUUAGAUUUUUUUAAUCUCCUCCUCUUCCUUUUCCAGCUCAUUGGUUGUGUCAUCUUUCACAUGACACAACCAAAACAGUUUAUUAGAGGCUGUUUUCUCCUUUUGUGCCCAAACUGUGUAGCAGAAACCACUUUAAGACAAUUAAAGACAGUUAGAUAGUAUCAAACUCAAACUCUAGAUAUCCGUCUAAAACUAACACCCAGAUAAUCUUUACCUUAAGCCCUCGCAUUAUGACAAAAAUUACAUCACGUCAGCUUGUGUUUUCUCACGAGCGCUGUGUUUCAUUCUGUAGUAAAUCUCUCUGAGUGGAGACGCUGCGAGCGAGUAUUAGCCGUGUGAUAUAGUGAGCUCGCCCCGUGGCUGGGAGCCAUGGCGAGGCCGAGGCUGGAGGGCUUAUUCUUUAAUCAGAGCCAGUGGUGCAUUGAGUGAACAGGCUUUGACUGCUCUCAGAUAACUGAGAUAGUGUUUCUUAAUGCUGCCUUCGGGCCCUUUAACACCCACUCUCCCAUUCUUGCCUGGCUUUCAGCUGAAGUGCCUAGCUGCCAUUCUGUCUACUUACGGCAAGACGGCUAUCUGGCUCACACUAACAGGACUGAAGGUACAAAACGACGACGACGAUCCGGCUGAAUGUUGUGAUGAUGCACGCUUUGAUUUGAGCGAUAUCACUUUAAAAAGCUCCUUCUUUACGUUGUUUUCCAGGUUGUAUGUUCGACAAAGUGGUGAGGCAUUUCUACGAUGACACCUGCGUCGUGCCUGAGAAGGUUGAAGGUGAGUCCUCCUCGAGCGGCGCCGACUACUUUCUCAGACUACACAGGAAAGUACUCUGUGUGCAGUCAUGUUGAAGCCUCAUGCAGUAAGUGUCCUUCAUGUGGGCUGUAGGUGACAUCAAGCAGGAGGCAGGGCUGUACCGCGAGGGUCCGUCGUACCAGCGCAGAGGCUCGCUGCAGCUCUGGCAGUUCCUGGUGGCUCUGCUGGACGACCCGUCAAACUCGCACUUCAUCGCCUGGACCGGACGUGGCAUGGAGUUCAAACUCAUAGAGCCAGAGGAGGUGAGAGGGAACAUUUAAUGCACAUUAUCUGAUAUUAUUUACAUUUUAUAUCUUCAGUUAUUGCAGUUUUAAUAAAAAAGUGAAUAUUUUAGAGCCUUUUUUUAUGACUUCAGGGUACUUUAAACACAGAAAAGCAAAAUAUUACUCAUUCGGAAGAUCAUCCUUUGUUAUUAUUUUCUCCACAUGUUUACUUCUACACAUCCAACAGUCUUGUGCUCUGCAAAAUCUCACUUUUAAGCUCAUGUUUUUCUCUUAUUCUGACAAAAAAAGGCUUGUUAGGCUUAAUUUUAGCCAAAUGCAUUUGACAAAAGCUGAAAAAUAUCACAUUUUAAGACCUGAAUUCUUUCCAAAGAUUUUUAAAAAAUAUCUCCCAAUGGAGGAAGGAAAAUUUUCUGUUCAACACUUGAGAAAAUGUCAAAUUUCAAGAACUUUGCGAGUACAUUUUGUCUUUUUCCACUGGUGGAUUUAUUUUGACUCAUUUCGAGCAAUUCCAGUCCUACUUUUAGCAUGUUAUAUCUUGAAAUAAGACAUUUUUCUGGAUUUCUUGGGUGAAUGUGGAUUAAAUUAAGCCUAAUCAAUCUAAAAUAUCUCUUAUGAUUGGAGUUUUUGCUGUAUAAGGUUGCAAAACGACAUCUGAAUCCUUAAAUCAGACAGUUUUUCGCCUCAUAAUUAAAGAGAAAUGCCAACUCUAUUAGUUUAAGCUUCUGAAAGGUGAGUUAUUUUAUUUUAUAUAGCUGUAUUCACAUUUCCAAAAUUUGUGAGCGAAGUGAGCAGCAUGUGUGAACGCAACUGGAAACUGAAGCCCCUUAGUAAAAAUUCAGUUUAUAUUCAGGUUGAUCUGAUGUGAGAAUAAAACAGGAUCACUUGGCAGCAGGUUGGUUUGAGCCUGAAGGAGCAGCACAUAAGAAAGGUGAAUAAAAACAUCGGAUGAUUAAGAAGGAGAAUCAUGUAAGAAGGGAACACCAAGCAUUGACUGAAAUCCAAAAAUUGUCAUCAUGGUGUUGGUCUCUGUUUCACAGUUUUGUAAAAUCACGCUGUUGCUUUCACAGCCUGAUUUUUAAAUUCAUGUCAUCCUGAAACUCAUCUCCCUGUCCACCACUCAGGGAUAACUAUUAUAGAUCAGUUCGUAUUGCUGAGAAAUUCUGAGACAGAGCUCCUGAAAUUACCCAGAAACUUUCAGGCAUCAGUUAUAAAAUGUAAGAUCUCAAGAUCUGAACCAAUAUGAAGAAGCUGACCUUGGCUGUGGGAGGUUGUGGUGGUCAUUUAUUUUCGUUUUCUGACUCUUUGAAGACUUAAUAUUAAUAUAUGAAAAUAUGAAACUGUCAACAAAUAUAUAAAAAACUAAUAGAUGUAGCUCUGCAGUGGGUUACAGUCAUACUGGUGUAGAAAUGUAGGAAACAAACAGUAUAAUCUUUUCAGGUAAACUCAGAUCAAAGUCAAAGGUCAUCUGAAGUGGUAGGAAUAAUGUUCUCUGCUUUUCAUGUGGUCCACUCAGAUCUGAAUUUGCUCAAAUCAUUUUUUAAUUUAUCCCCCUCUCGACCACAUCCAUCCAGUCGACCCUCAAAGCCGACCUGCUAAAUAUUUCAGAAGACACAUCCCUAAAAUAAAAACCGUGUUGACGGUUGGCCCUUUUGAAAUGGCAACAGAGGCCGGGUCUGUGCGCCCACAUCACACACACACACACACACACACACACACACACACACACACACACACACACACACACACACACACAGCCAGGCUCAGUCACUGUUGCUCUCUGUCGGGGGAUGGGAGAGGGUGCAGGCAGGGAGGGAGGGAGGAAGGAGGGUGAGAGAUAGAGGGGGUACCUGGCAGCCGUCCACGCGGCCCAGCAGAGCGUAGAGUCUCCGGGCAGCUGCAGCUAACAGGGGGGCUCAUUCAUGCCAUCAGGUGACCAACGUACUCGCUUUGGGACGCCGCGGACAAAUGUUAGCUCGCUGCCUGACGGGGCGUGGCGUGGCCUAGCAGUCAGAGGGAAGCUUUUCCAAAUGGUGUUUCUUUACUGCACCUGUACGAGUUAAUUUACUCAUAUUAUACUAGCCUGAGGUAUGAUACAGAUUUACAUGAACCUCCUGGUCAGUCCUGGCAUAUUUACAUUCUUUCUAAUGCAAAUUUGUUCGUUUAUACUCACUGUCUUUAUUAAUGAAGAAACAUGGAUGUGUUUAUAGAUACGGGGUUCCUACGCAAGUAUGGAAAUAAAUUUGAUCAAUUUCCAGGUCAAAAAGUAUGAAAAAUAAAAAAUGAAUUAUGGUAUAAAAAAUAAAAGUAAAGUAGGUAUUUACAAAAAUAAUUCCAAAAAUUAGGGCAUGGAAAAUUAUGGAAGUUCCAUCUGUGAAGGAACCCUGUAGAUAAAUAGAAUUUAACCAUUUUUAGAUAAAAGUACAAACUUUAUUGGGAAGUUCACAUUGUCAAACAAGCGUACUCAUCUCUGCUGCAGACAGUGCUGAGAGUAUUUAUGUUUAUGUUUAUGUUUCCAGACUAUUACCACAGUUCUAAAAUACUGUUUUUAAAAUAGCAAAGUAGGUAUUUUUGAAAAUAAUUAUAAGUGUGAAUCUCUGGGUUCUUAGAAAUGAAUGUAAUAUAAUGCAAAACAAUACAAUACGAUAAUGCAACAUGUUUCAGUGCAAUACAAGGGGAAUACAACUCAACUGCGAUACAACUUAAUCUGCAAUAUGCAGUAAUGAUGCAUGAUACUUAAUGCGAUACAAUUUAUAUGUUACAGUGCAAAACAGUGUUCAAUACGUUCCAUAUAAAACAUAUUUAUUAAGCCACAUAUCUAAGACACACAUGUCAGUAAGACUUUAUUCAUUAGAUAUAAACCUGCAUUAGUCUGUUAUUUCACUUACAUGUUGGUUUUAUUGAACAAAGAGAUGAACAAAAGGAGAGAGAGGAGACGUGACAAACCGAGUAAAAGCCACAGAGGAGAGUCUGAGGAGAGCACGGUGGGGCUGUGGGUUGUCACUGCGAGGCCGGGUGGUGGGUGGUCUGGUAGACAGGUGCUGUAACAUCUGCUGCCUCCUCCGCUGGGUGUGUGACAAGCUCCUAAUGAACACAUCCCUGGUCAGGUCUGCCCGGGCUGGACGCACUCUAAUUACUGUUAUUAGCAGAGUAUGGAUUAAUAAGUUUGUUUAACAUUUCAGCGUCAUCGUCGUCAGGAAAUCGGGUCGACCGUGCAUGUUUGUGUUUGAUACGUCUAUGUUUUGGCAUCCUGCUCUUUGUUUGUGUUUACUGGCUGACUCUGUGUCGUGUAUCUGUGUUUUCAAAGGUGGCGCGUCGGUGGGGGAUUCAGAAGAAUAGACCGGCGAUGAACUACGACAAGCUCAGCCGGUCUUUGCGCUACUACUAUGAGAAGGGAAUCAUGCAAAAGGUAAAAACACACCUGACUUAAACAAAACGGUGGGUCAGUUAGAGAAGCGAUUACUGCAGCAUUACAGUGUGAGAGUCAAGGUCAAAAUAUUAAACAAAGAAUGAGGUGGUGCAGAUUUGAACACAAACUCAAUACCAAGUUUCUGAUCUGCUAAACGAACGAAUUUAAAGCUCUUGUGAGUAACUUUUGAUUGUGUCAACUCUGCUGCCCCCUGUGGACAAAGCUUGCCAUGUCCUCUACAUGCCAAAGUAGUUUCUUCUGACUUCUUCAGAUUUAUCAAUUGUUGUUCAUAUUUUCACUGGUUAGCUGACACGUACCCGACCACGCCGGCGAUAAAAACUGCAAUUAAAAAAAAUGCGUCAAUCUUGUCGCUGAUGGUCUUGUUUGCUUUUGUGCAUCAUGAAGAUGCACCGAUAUGAAUUUUAGUCUAUUUCAUCCACGGUGUCAUCGGGAUUAAAUGCUGUCUAAACCUUCCUUUCCAGUACAGGUUAAUCUGUGCUAAAUUUAUCCGGCAUCCAGAAAAAUAGAACCCUUGCGAUCAGCUGCGGAGUCCGACGAUCUGCAGUGGGGCUCAAAGAAGCCGCUGGAAAUUGACACAUUAACUUGAACGGUUACGAUCAGCUACGAUUGGCGGAUACGACCCUUUCGUAGCCGUUCUGGAUGCGGUGGAAAUUGGGGGUUAAAGAAAGAAAAUAUUUAAACUCUAAGUACAACUUUAAUUCAGUAACUUUUUAUCGACUUAAACCCGACAAAAAGUUUUAAAAGCGGAGCCGUUUGAUUGACACCUACCCCCUCACUCCAGUUACAGGCUUUAAAAAUGACAAUAUCAUGUCAUUAGUCUUGUCUCCGCUGGUGUAACUUGCUUUUUUAAAUCAUUUAAAGGCAUCAACUUAAAAGUCGGUCAAUUUUAACACUGUCAAAAAACUCCUUAUAGGUGCUUUAAUCUGAAAAGUUAAUGUCAUGUCUGAAUAAAGAGGAACUCCACCUACAAGAUUCCUAUGCCAUAUAUCUCAUUAUAUACUGAACUCACCUUAAUCAUGUCGAUGUCUUACACAGAGUAUACUCAGGUUUACUUAACUUAAAGUUUAAUUUGUAAAUUAAAACAAAUCAUUUAUAAUUAUAAAAACACGCAAAGUUUCCCAGGUUUAAAAGUUUUUGUUUUUUUUUACUUCCUUCCGUCCACCCCGUCCACCCCGUCCCCGCGCAGGUGGCCGGCGAGAGAUACGUCUACAAGUUCGUGUGCGACCCCGAGGCCUUGUUCUCCAUGGCGUUCCCCGACAAUCAGCGGCCGGUGCUGAAGACGGACAUGGAGCGGCAGAUCAACGAGGAGGACACGGUGCCGCUGUCGCACUUUGACGAAAACAUGGCCUACGUACAGGAGGGCCCGUACUGCCAGCCGCACCCUUACAGCGAGGGUUAUGUUUAUUAACGUCAGCCUCUCACACACACUUACACACACAUACACACACGUACACACACACUACAGAGACACACACCUCUACUCUCCCCUCCCCCUCCUCUGCCUCCUCUGUCCAUACACCUGAGACUGUCAUGUCCUCUAAUUCACAGUCGCUCCGGGAAUAAGACUGAACACACACACAGACACACACACACACACACACACACACACACACACUCUGCGGAGCCUCCCCCCCUCCUCUCUCUCUCUCUCUCUCUCUCUCUCUUUCUCACAUGUACACACUCCUUUCUUUUUCUUUUGCUCUUGUCUUUCUGACGUUGACGCCGCACAGCAGGAUGGAGAGUGCACUUUAUGGACCGGCUCGGUGUUAACCCACCAGGGUUAGCUAGCUAUCUACGUGGUUGGCUUUUUAAAGCUGUUUGUGUUUGUACAUUAAUGUGGGAAUCUUAUUGUUUAUUUGUUUUUUUUUAUUCUUAUGAUUUCGAGCAUGCGGCGCCCUGCUGAGACAGGACUCAACUACCUGGACUAAAGACUCAGCCCCAUCUGCUGGGAGGAUGAACCUUUUUGUCCCUUUUUUCGCCAUCCUGUACUUUGAUGCUCAUUUAAGCGCAAAACUGGCGACGUAUUGUACGGAUACUUUUACGGUGAAGUGACAUGAUUAUAGACUUUCAAAUGUGAUGAUAAAAAGAGACACUAAGCCGCCUCACCACCAGUCUGAGCACAGCACCUCUUUGUCGGUCAAAGCCCCUCGUCGUGUCCGGCUGUUACGGCUUCACGGGACGGAUCCUGGAAACCCGGCGAGCGGUCACGAUGAACUCCUUCAGUAUCACAUGUGAACGGCCUCCUUUUUAGGAUAAUCAAUAAAGCUCCGGGCCUCUCUGUAAAAUAACUCAUCAUUCACUGUAAACAGGUUGUUUUCUCAAACACACGGCAGCAGCACUCCUUUGUUUUCUCCAUCUGUUUUCAGGUAAAAGUGUAUGUACAGCUAAGGUGAACACAGUAACACUCGACGAUUACAACCCCAAACACGAAAACAAAAAGUGAUUUAAUCGACUUAAAGAACAAUUAAGAGAUUUUUUUCCCUGAUUUUCUUUGUUCCAGGUGAACAUGAACGUGUAUAUUUAUGCUUUGCCAUCAUCGGGAUGUUUUUUCGGUUUAAAAGAAAAUAAAAAAAAAAGAAAAUGAGAAAAAGUUAUAACAAAUAUUUAGAGUUUUAUAAUGUGAUGAGAAGCAUUCAUGUUAAAUAAAAAGUGUUCCAUUGUAUAAUCAGGUUAAUGCACAUUUUGUUGCUGCUUCGAAUGGUUUGUGUAUUUCUAGACUUUAAAAAAAAAAAAAGAAAGAAGUGCAGCAGAUAUGACGACCUGCUGUUCUGGAUUUUUGUUGUUUAAUUCCCUUUUUUUUUAUGUUUUUGUUUCGUUUGUUUCCCCUUCAGCGUUAAAAAGAUGAAAUCUGUCUCUGGAGGUUCACAUGUGUCGGGGCUGGGAUUGGCAAUAGUGAAAAAUUCUGUAAUAAAAUAGUUCUGAAAACAGUUAUCGCCACUUUUCAGAUGUUAUUGAGUGGUCGCAUUAAAGUUUUUACUUCAUGACA